CUCAUCCGUUAUCUCUUUCACAAUGGGGCUAGGCGAUAUUGACCGUACACCACUGCGAAUCGUGGAUUCCAUCGCUGCCAGCAAUCCAGAUGCACUCUACUGUAUCCAACCUGUCACGUCUGACAUUUCCGAAGGAUGGGUAAGAGUCAAUUUCAAGGCUCUCGCGAAUGCAAUCAAUCGCACAGCGACAUGGGUCCAGGAAAAUGUCACAGCCUCGGAGGAGCCCGAGACCAUCGCAUAUGUCGGCGCCAACGACAUCCGCUAUAUAGCAUUCAUCUUUGCAUGCAUGAGACUGAGGCAUACUGCACUUCUUCUCUCCACAAGGAACUCGGAGCAAGCGUCACGACACAUUCUCGCAGCCACGAAAUCCACCAAGGCCGUGUACAGCUCAGAGAGAAGCCGACAAAUCGAGGACCUGAGUGCAGCAGACCCCUCAUUGAAGACUGUGCAGGCUCCGGGUUUGUGGGAACUUUUUGAUCGCGAUGGGGAAACCCCUGCCCCUGUGGUAAAAGAGCCGGCCGAAGAUGCAGAGGAUCGCGUAGCGAUUUACAUCCAUAGUUCGGGAACGACAGGAAUGCCCAAGCCAGUCCCGAUGACAAAUGGCUAUCUCCAGGCAAUGGAAGAUAUUGGGACGGUCCCGCUCCCAGAGGGAAGAAGCAGUAGUUUCGCUCCUGUAAAUGGCCGGGGAAAGUUGCACUUCACUAUGAGUCCUUUCUUCCAUUUGAUGGGAAUUCUCAGCAUCAUGAUACCUGUUUUCUAUCAGACCCCUUUCGUUCUGGGCCCAGAGAGGCCGCUCACGGAUGAAUUGUUUGACCAGAUUGUCAAGGACACUGAACCCAAGAUAGCCAUCAUGGCCUCAUCCCUCAUAGACGACUUGUGCAAGUCAGAGCUCGGAUUCAACAGCCUAUGCAAGUUUCAUUAUCUUACCUUUGGAGGCUCACCGCUACCCACGCAUGUAGGAGACCGUCUCGCAGAGGCAGUACCGAUUCAGUCCGUCCUGGGAACAAGCGAAUGCAGCAUCUUCCCAGCUCUCCUUGCGCAAGAUAAGAAAGAUUGGGCAUACCUUGAGUUCAACCUCAAUGCGGGCUUGCAAAUGCACGACGUCGGUGACGGGCUACAUGAGCUCGUCGUGCAACGAGGAGAGAGUCGCAAGGCUCAGGCGGUUUUCCAUACUUAUCCCGACAGGACGGAGUAUCACACUGGAGACUUAUUUGCCCCCCACCCCGUCAAGAAUGGAUUAUGGCUUUACGCGGGCCGCCAGGAUGACCUGAUUGUCCUCAGCAAUGGAGAGAAGUUCAAUCCUACUUCGAUGGAGGAGACCAUUGCAAGCCACCCGCUCGUGAAUCACGUUUUGGUGGUUGGCCAGGGACGAUUCCAAACUGCUGCCGUUAUUGAACCGGACUGGUCUGUAUGGAGCGGUGACCAAAACUCUUUGAUCGAUGAGAUUUGGGAUUUGGCGAAGACGGCUAAUGGAGCAGCUCCUGCCUAUGCCCAGCUCAUGAGAGAGCGUGUUGCUGUUGCGUCUCAGGCGAAGCCUUUCCCAUUGACCCCCAAGGGUACGGUCAAACGUCGUGUUGCUGCAAGCGACUAUGCCGCAGAGAUCGAUUCGCUUUAUCAGGCUGGCGAUCAAAUCAAUGUCGACCAACUUGACAAAGAUUCUUCUCCUUCGGAUGUCACGACAUACAUAACUCAGGUCCUGUCGGAUAUCCUGGGUACACCCACGGUCGAUGAAAAUGCCGAUAUCUUUGCUCUCGGCGUUGAUUCCCUGCAAACUCUCCGGUUAGGUCAAAUUCUACAGGCCUCGUUGCGAACAGCUCGGCCGGAUUUGGAGGCAGCCUUUGGGAAUUCGCAGCUUUACUCUCGCCCAACCAUAGUCCAGCUCACCGGAUAUGUUCAUGGCCUUCUACAGGGAAAGGACUCCGGGCCUGAGGCACAGGCUGUUGAAAGUGACGAGGAUCGCGAAGCUAGAAUUAGUGGGCUCGUUGGGAAAUACUCCGACGAUAUUGGCGAAAGCCACAGUGUCAUCCUCACUGGCUCGACUGGGUCCCUGGGUGCGUAUCUUUUGCACGAGCUCCUCCGUGACCUGAGUGUCUCUAAGAUCUACUGCCUCAAUCGGUCUGACGAUGCUGCCCCGAGACAGCUGCAGAGCCUGCGCGAGAAGGGCCUGGUGGGAUUCAACAGGUUCCCACGCCGCGUUGAAUUCCUUCAGGCAAAGUUCGGGGAUGAAAGGCUUGGGCUUGAUGAGGCAAAAUACGAAGAGCUCCUGGAAAGGGUCGAUACCAUUAUUCAUAAUGCCUGGAAAGUCAACUUUAACCAUCACGUUGAAGCCUUCGAGCAACCUCACAUUGAAGGUGUGCGUCGGCUCGUCGAUUUCAGUAUUGCCAGUGAGAGACAGGCUCAUAUCCAUUUUAUUUCGUCUAUUUCCACAAUCGAGGGCUAUAGCCAAGGGCCCUCCAUCCCUGAGGUCAUUUUCACUGACCCUAGCUCGGUCCUUCGCCAGGGAUAUGGUGAAUCAAAGCAUGUUUCUGAGCGAAUCUGUGCAGCUGCUUCAGCCAAACGUGGUAUUCCAACCAGUAUUCACCGAGUUGGUCAGAUUGGAGGACCAACAGCGGAGAAGGGGAUGUGGAAUAAGCAAGAAUGGGUGCCGGCCUUGGUCGCGACCUCAAAAACGAUCAAGCAAAUUCCGAAUUCGCUUGGUUCAGUUUCUGUCCAAUGGGUUCCUGUGGAUGUUACGGCCAAGGUCAUCGCAGACAUUGUCCGCACACGACGCACGACGCAGGAAGAUGAGCCAUGUGCAGCCUUCCACAUUGUCAACCCAAGGAAGGCCGAGUGGAAGGAUCUGAUUCCCGCUGUGACGAAGUACUUUGAUGUCGAGCCGGUUGAUGUUCAUACAUGGGUACAGUCUCUCGAGGCCUUUACCACCCCCACGGAAAGCGAUCUUAAAGAUAAACCUGCUUUGAAGAUCCUCGAUUUCUUCAAGGCUAUUACAUCUAGUGAUGAAGCUGGCCCAUCUACUGAGACGACCAAAACUGCGGUUGCAAGUAAGACCUUGAGGAACCUGAAGGAGAUUGAUGCGCCUCUGUUCGAGAACUGGAUGAAGCAGUGGAAUUUCUGAGUAGUGGACCAUUUUCUGUAUUUACAUUAUAUAGAAGGCCAAAUGUCGACGGCAGUGAUGGCUCCAUACAAGGGCUGGUAGCUCAUUGUCACCCGCACUCAGAGACGCGGCAUCCUGGGACCCUAAAUAAUGAAUAUACAC